UCAUACUGAUUCAGGGAGACCGCACCCCAUCACAGGAAAAGGGAAACUGAUUAAUGCCGGCCAGAGAACUGUGAUUUCGGGAGCCUGUAUGACCGAAUAGUGGGAGUUUUCGGACCCCCUUUUUAUAUAUUGAUAUUUUUUUCUUUUUUAAAAAAUAAUCAUGUCGGAACUAGAACAGCUACGACAGGAAACUGAACAGUUAAAAAAUCAAAUCAGGGAGGCAAGGAAAGCUGCUGCUGAUACAACUCUCAGCCAAGCUGCCUAUGGCGUCGAACCUGUUGGCCGAAUACAGAUGCGCACCAGGCGUACCCUUAGAGGUCACUUGGCCAAAAUAUAUGCCAUGCACUGGGCAACAGAUUCUGCAAAUCUAGUAUCUGCUUCACAAGACGGUAAAUUAAUUGUAUGGGAUGGAUAUACUACAAAUAAGGUACAUGCGAUACCUUUAAGAUCUAGCUGGGUAAUGACAUGUGCCUAUGCUCCGUCGUGUAGCUAUGUAGCAUGUGGAGGCCUCGACAACAUCUGUUCUAUCUAUAGUUUAAAAACACGAGAAGGAAAUGUAAGGGUCAGUCGGGAGCUGCCUGGACACACUGGUUAUCUGUCUUGUUGCCGUUUCCUUGACGACAACCAAAUAGUAACAAGCUCCGGAGACAUGUCAUGUGCAUUAUGGGAUAUAGAGACAGGUCAGCAGACAACAGCUUUUACUGGCCACACUGGUGAUGUCAUGAGCCUGUCUCUGGCACCAGAUAUGAAGUCAUUUGUCUCGGGGGCAUGUGAUGCCUCAGCGAAGUUAUGGGAUGUCAGAGAUGGAAUGUGCAAACAAACAUUUUCAGGACACGAAUCUGAUAUAAAUGCAAUCACUUAUUUUCCGAACGGUUACGCAUUUGCAACUGGGUCUGAUGAUGCCACAUGCAGGCUUUUUGACAUUCGUGCUGAUCAAGAAAUUGGCAUGUACUCGCACGACAAUAUCAUCUGUGGUAUUACGUCUGUGGCCUUCUCCAAGUCAGGUCGUCUCCUCCUGGGUGGUUAUGAUGAUUUCAACUGCAAUGUUUGGGAUGUCCUAAAACAAGAUAGAGCUGGAGUGCUAGCAGGUCAUGACAACCGUGUGAGCUGUUUGGGUGUCACGGAGGAUGGAAUGGCCGUCGCCACGGGAUCCUGGGACAGUUUUCUUAAGAUCUGGAAUUGAGCCAAGUAUUAGUUAGCCCAUCUGAGGGGAAAUAUACAAGACUUAUUAUUUAUAUCUUAAAACUGAUGUGCCCGUGUUAUAUGGGGGAAAGUAACAAUGUAUUCACGCGCAUUAUGGAACUAUUGUUUUAACAGCUGCGAGAAUAAACUUGUGGUUAUUUUUUUUUUUUUUUUUGAUUAAACAAAAAUUGUGGAUGUGAACUUUUCCACGGGACAUAAUGGAUAUUUUUAUGGGAUGGAUCAAUUGAAGUGGAAAGUGUUAUGAACAGUUGACACUUGGUGUGAAGAGCCCACAGGGCACGAAGUGCAAGAAAGGUGCCGUUAAAUGGUAUAUGUGCAUUUAUUGGUGGGCUUUUCUUACCGGCAACUGAGGACAAGCAUUUGUUACACAAACAAAUGUCAAUUCAAAGAACUGGAAAACUACUACCUUCAAAACUAGGUAAAGAAAACUAUACAUCAGAAUAUAUCACAGCACAUGACAUCUAUUGGCUUUCUUGGAAGAAAGAUCUUGUGUAUAAAUAAUUAUUACAAUAUAUUCCUUGUCUGUGUGUUACAGCAGGGGGACCAUUUCAUCUAAAAAUGGGCCCACUAAAUCUCCACCCCCUUAUAACUGAUCAGUGACAGAGGGUCUGCCUACAUGUCCCGCCACAUGUAACCCGACCUUGCAUAUGUCCUGGAUCGUUCUAGCGCUUAGGUGACUGCGAGUGAGGAACAGCUAAGACACAUGUGGAUUAUGAUUGUGAUUUUGUUUUAAAACAUUUCAUGUUCAAUCAUGCAAGUGCUCAUUGAUUAUGAAGACUGCAUCUAAAUGAUGAUUGCUUUCUACUAUAAAUGUUGAAGUCUCAAGAAAUUUCUCCCCCCAAAAAAAGAAAAUAUUUUAAUUCAAAGUAUAUUAGAAUUUUGUUCAAGUGUUCGUUUAUAUAAUACGGAAAUCAAAUGUAAAGAUAUUUCUUUUCUUCUGGAAAGGAUUGGAAUUGUAGCUUCUUAACUUGGAUAAUAUAACUUGAAGGUGAUAUGGGUAGGGUGGGCCUUAUGUAUGUAUGAUGAACUUGUUGAUGCAUGAUAUUUAUGUUUAUGUAGAUACGAAUGUAUUUCAUUAUAAACUAGUAUUGUCUUCUAUUUCGAAGGUUUUAGUGCAAUGAAAAUUGAAAAGAUCAACAUCAAAAGACAUGAGUCUGUCAAUGUUUCUUUUCUAAAUUUCCUUUUCCUUCCCCAUUUUGUAUAAAAACUUGAUGUUUUCACUUCUCAGCUUUGACAUGGUCUGACACGAUGAUGUACAUAUAUAGCAGUGACAUCCAAAGCUGUCCUUAUUUAAAUAAUCUGCCUUUUAUAAUGAAGUGCUGUCUGUUAAAGAUCAAACAGCUGAAUUAAGGAAUAAUUAAUGAAAACAUUGCUGUCACAAAGGGAAAAAAAUGAAAUCUCCAUACAGUCGAUUGGGUUGAAGAGAAAACAUCUGUAAGGUAUUUGGACCGGAUAUGAAAGCUAUGUGGCCUUGCUUACUGUUUGUACGUGUUUGUAGGUCCUUGAAUUUGCUUGCACUUCAAUUUUAACAAAAUUUGCGUUAUUUUGAAAAUGGACUUAAGAAGACUGUUUGGAACCUUGUAAAUCGAUGUAUGCAGAUUGUAUAUUUGCCUGUUUCGUAUAACCAAAUGUUCAGCAAUUCCUCACAGGAAAUCAUUCUGAACUGAGGUCUGAUUUAACUGUAAUUUUGAGCAAAUGUUAACAAACCUACCAUGCCAACAAAGUAUAUGGGGCUAAAAAAAAAACAUUAAAAAAUUAAAUGUGUUCUGAAAUGUAUGAUAUAUUCAAUUGUACUCUAUGGAUAUGCAUGUUGCACCUAUGGAUUUGGGUGCGUGUCUUGUUUCCAUUUUUUUUUUUUUUUUUAUUAUGAGUUGCGUUGUCUUUUCAAAUAUGGCAAAAAUGAAUGAGAGAAAACGCAUAUCUCUUUUGUGUAACUCAACCGUAUCGGGACCCUGAUACACUAUAGUAAUAUAUGUUAAGCUCGGCAUGGAAAAUGAGUGAGAAUGAAUGGUUGUGCGAGUGUUUGCAUUUUAUGGUGUAUUAACUGGUGAAGCGAAAGCAAUCUUGACCCUUGACCCCAAUGGGUCAGUCUGAUGCUUGUGUAUGAUUAUUUACAACCCAGAUUUUGGUCUUCAAGAUUAAUAGGUCGGUCAAUCUUAGUCCCUUGAAUGUUUGUAUUGCAACAUGUGCAAAUGUAACCUUUUAUUUUCUUGUGACAGAUGUGUGUGAACUGAUGCAUGUUGAAACGUAGAUGUAGAUAUAUACUUUCAUCCUAAGGAUUUCCAAAUGUUUCUUCUUACAAAACAAAUCUCUAGACCAAAAGUUACUGAAAUCAUAUACAAACAUCACAUCUCUUCAAGAUAAUUCAUUUCAUGUAAGAUUCCAUAGUAUAUACACUAUACAUAGAGAGCUUAGGUUGAUGUGAAUUUUUGAGUCUUAUCUCAUUUUGUUUUUAUAUAUAAUGUUUUGUUGUUUUUUUCCUAAAAUAAAUCCAGAACCAGAGUACAAAACUUCAGAUCAAAUUUCCAUCAAUAAUCAAGCUAAUCUCAUUACUAAAAAAAUGCAGUCUUUUCUUAUUCACUGUGAAAGUUCCUUGGAUGACCUAUUCCUUGGAAGACCUUUUUAUGUAAUGGUGAAUAGAAUUUUUAUUUAUUUAAAAGAAAAAUGCCUAGAAACUCUCAAUAGCUGAUGGCAAUGCCUGUCAUUCCCAAGACCACAAGUAGACACACCACACAAAAUGUGGAGACAGUUGCCUUGCUCCAGUAAUCAAGUGUUCUCCGACUUCCUUGUCUGUAGUCAAUAUUCAUUCUACAGGAAGUAGUCCUGUUGAAAAUCAAAGCAAAUAAUAAACUUGUUGGAAUUGAUAUUUCCGGUGACUUUAGAUUUGAACAACUUUGACAAAGCAAGGUCUAACAAGAGAAGAUUACUGGAAUAAGUUAGGUCAGUACAGACGUUGGACAGUUGUGUGGGGUGGACAGGCAGGCCCCUUUCUCCUAGUGUAAACGUGAUGUGUGCUAGAUAUAUCUCACCAUCCGCAUCAGUGUGUCUAUUUGAACUAGUCCUACACAUUAAUUAUGAAUAUUAUAUUGUGAAAAUUAUCUGUCAGUGUCAGUGUAACUGUAUUUUUCAUUUGUCAAUAAAGCUUUUUUGUCAUUAAU